GGGCCUUUCCCAGGCGCGAGAAGAUGACGUCACAGUAGCGGAGCCGCGACCUCCGGCUGUUUUGGGCUCUGCUAGCUGAGGGUGUCGACUGAAAACAGUUCCGUCCGUGAUGCAGUCGCCAUGACCAUUUGUCAGUUCUUCCUUCAAGGCCGGUGUCGCUUCGGAAAUCGGUGCUGGAACGAACAUCCCGGCGCCGGGGGUGCGGGCGAAGGACGGCAGCAGCAGUUCUCAGGUAGUAACAGACGAGGAUGGAAUACCACCAGCCAGAGAUAUUCUAGUGUUAUCCAGCCAUCCAGUUUCUCCAAAUCCACACCAUGGGGGGGCAGCAAAGAUCAAGAAAAGCCAUCUUUUGCUCCUUUUGAUUCUGGAGCGUCAGCUAGCAGGAACAGGGGGUUUGGAUGGUCUCAGAACCCAUUUGCUUCACCUAGCUCUGAUGGGCAGAAAGAUGAUAAGAAACUUCUGGAAGGAAUUGUAAAAGAUAUGGAGGUUUGGGAAUCAUCAGGGCAGUGGAUGUUUUCUGUUUAUUCACCAGUGAAAAAGAAACCUAAUAUUUCAGGUUUUACAGAUAUUUCACCAGAGGAGUUGAGACUUGAAUACCAUAACUUCUUAACCAGCAAUAACUUACAGAGUUAUCUACAUUCCAUCCAACAGUUAAUAAAUCAGUGGAGGAACCGGGUAAAUGAACUGAAAAGUCUAAAUACAUCAACUACAAUAGCUUUGCUCUCUGAUAUAAAGGGUGGAGUAAAUCAAGCAGCACCUGCAUUUGGAUUUGGCAGUAGGCCAUCAGUAACGUUUGGGUCACCAGGUUUUCCAGUGAAUAACAACAACAGCAUUAGUGCUCAGAAUUUUAGUUUUAAACCAAGCUCUGGAUUUGCUACUGCGCCUUCUGGAAGCCCUUCUGUGUUUGGGAGUACUCCAGCAUUUGGAGCUGUACCCUCCGCCAGUUCUGCCAUCACUGCUUCUACUCCAGCUUUUGGACUUGGGAAACCCCAGAUCACAUCUGCUGCUUCAUUUUCAUUUAAAAGCCCUGCAGCUUCUGGUUUUGGAUCAUCCGGAUUUUCAGGAUUUCCAGCUUCUACGGCAGCAGGACCUGUUGGAGCUCCAGAGGCCCCAGCCUUUGGAAGCAGCAGUUCUUCAGCUGGUUUUGGUAGUCCAGGCUCACAGUCUCACACUGCUUUUUCCAAGUCAUCCAGUGACACCUUUGGAAACAGCAGCAUAUCCACCUCUCUCUCAUUCUCAAAUGGCAGCACCACAACAGAUAAUGUAUUAUUCACACCCAGGGAUCAACUAACAGCAGAAGAACAGGAACAAUUUCAAUCCAAGAAAUUUACUCUGGGAAAAAUUCCAUUAAAGCCACCUCCUGUGGAACUUCUAAAUAUUUAAACGAGUAAUUUUAAAUACAGAAAAGAACAGCUUUUAAAAUUGUUUUGAGUGGUUCAUAUGAAAGGGCAGAUAUAUAUAUAUACAUACAUAUAUAUUAUAUAUAUACAUAUAUAUUUAUAAGAAGUAUAAACUUUCAAUAAUAGGAGUUUUUAUAUUUAGCAUUUUCUUGAGUGUAACUAUUUAAGUAAAACAACAAAAACUCA